GCCCUAAAGCCUCUUCCUUGGCUUGUAACCUAUCUGCCUCCCUUCUGUUUCUCUCUGCACUCGACCGUAAUGGACUAUAUUGCAAAGAAACGCAAAGCCGAUGAGAUUGGCACCGCAAUAACUCCUACAUCAACCGUCACCGCCGUCUCCACCGCACUAACCCCAGAAGACAUCCGCAAGGUAAUCGAGCCUUUCACUAAGGAAAACCUUCUUGAAAUCCUCCAAACAGCCGCAAUCCGCCACUCUGACGUCCUCGACUCCAUUCGCACCGUAGCCGACGGCGACAUCUCCCUCCGAAAGCUCUUCAUCCGGGGUCUUUCCUCUGAGACCACUACCGACACUAUCCGUACUCUGUUUUCCUCUUAUGGCGAGCUGGAGGAGGCCGUUGUAAUUUUCGACAAGAACACCGGGAAAUCGAAGGGAUUUGGGUUUAUUACGUAUAAGCACGUGGAUGGUGCUCUAAUUGCGUUGAAAGAACCAAGCAAGAAAAUUGACGGAAGGAUGACUGUUACUCAGCUGGCCUCUGCCGGGCAAUCUAGUUCGGUGGCUGGUAGUGGUGAUGUUUCGUUGAGGAAGAUUUAUGUUGGGAAUGUACCGUAUGAUAUUCCUUCAGAGAGAUUGUUAGGGUUUUUCUUGGCGUAUGGAGAGAUUGAAGAGGGACCCCUAGGGUUUGAUAAGGCCACGGGUAAAUCUAAGGGUUUUGCUUUUAUUAUAUACAAGACUGAGGAGGGUGCGAAGGCAGCAAUUGCUGACCCUGUGAAGAAUCUUGAUGGACAUCAAAUUCUUUGCAAAAUGGCUGCUGAUAACAAGAAGGUCAAGUCUCAAGGUGGUGUGGUCGGUGACAGUACACAGCCACAGCCACCGUCUCAACAACGAUCUUCAAUGCCUGGAUCUCAGCAGCCACCGGCACAACCACAGUCUUCAAUGCCUGGACAGUACGGUGUUCCUGGCAAUUUACCACCAUAUGGAGGGUUUUCUGGAUUGGGUAGUAAUGGAUAUGGAUUAAAUUCCACGUUGCCUGGAGGAGGUUAUGGUGGUCCAGGCGGAAGUUAUGGUGGUCAAUAUGGGGUUUCACAGUAUGGAGGACCGAAUUCAGGUGAGUUUGGUGGGUUGAACAACGCAGGGAAUUCAAUGUAUAGGAUGCCUCCAAGUUCGGCUGGAAUGGGUACCGGAGGAUAUCCGGAUGGUGGGCCGUAUGGGUUGUCUCAGCAGCACCAGCCAUCUUCAGUGCCUCCUAGAGUUCCACCUGGAGGGAUGUAUCAGGGCAUGCCACCAUAUUACUGAGGUUCCUCUCUCUUCAAUGGUUGAGGUGUAUGAGAGCUUCUUGGGCACAAAUGCUUUAAAUGGUUGUCGUGAUUUGCUCAAUGCAGAAAUCUUUGGUUUAAUUAUGUGGACUACUGUGCUUUUGUUGCUGCUUCACUUCAUCUUCUUCCAUGAGUUGUGGUUGGAUUUGUGAUGGAUGUCACUUGAAUUUUAUGGAAGUUCGUGUAGACUAGAUCAGUGUUUUUUUUUGGAAGGAUUGUAGAAUGUUUUUUUUUGUUGCGGUGGAAUAUAUUUACCUUUAGUUAGUAAAAACCCUUCUUUCCUGCCUAUUAGAAUGUGUUUGUGCUAUUCUUGCUUCCUCAAGCUAAUAUUUGAUAUUGUUUUAGUGCUUUUAUAGUUCAUAUUGGUAAAUUUGAUGUUAAAUAAAUGCAUGAGCACUUUUUUGUAUGUUUAAUUUUUAUUGCUGUAUGAAUAUACUCUCCUGCUUAUAUCCAGGAAUGGGAGAAAUAUGUGCAUAUGUGUUAUGGUUAGACUCGGCAUUCAAUUGCAGUAUCCCCUUUCCACCUUUUCUUUUCCUCCCUCUUCUCUAAGAAAUCAAUUUUAAGCCUUUGAUUUAUGUUUCCCACGUCCCAAGCAUAAGCUCCUUGUAUUUGGGUGAUUGGGUUAUAUUAUUGGAUUUCGUGGAUGGGUUUAUCCAAGAAUGUUACUGACUCAUCAAUUCAUUAAAUCGGUGGUAUCCUUAAAAGAGUUGAUUUCAUUGUGGUUCCUUAUUUUGACCUUGUGGACUGACUAUUUGUGACUUGAGUUAUUGGUUUAAUCUGCAUUCAGUUAUUGUUGGUGAAGAAUUAGUCAUAAAUAAAAUUCUCUAACAAUGGAAAUAAUGAAAAAAUGUGCAGAUCUUGUUUAGAUCACUCUUUUUUCUUAUUCUUCUUAUUUGAUAAGGGAGCGUCAAAGAUGCUUUAGAUUGGUCUGCUUCUAUCAUUCCUCUCAUUUUGUUGCCUGUAAAUGUAACAGUUGGUCAUCUAUUGUCUUAGUGACUUACAAUCCGUCUUCUUAUUACAAUUGAAAUCUGUGCUGUUAAAUUAUUUUUUGAGCUUGUCACAGUGGUUUUCGCCUCACGUGUUGAACACCGUAUUUUAGCAUGGUGUAUUUCAAUAAUAGUGGAGACUGUAUAUGUUCAGUCAUUGGCUCUUGUUUUUAAUGGUGAUAUUCUUACUUGAUAUGUGGUAAGGUGCACUACAUGGUAUGUUGUCCUCCUUGCCAAAAGAUGUUCCUAGUGUCAUCAUGCUGAUGAUGUUCUGUAAUGGAUUUUCUUUUUUUCUUUAUUGUACAAAAUUCAAAGCUUUGUCAAAAGCUUUAAACAAUUUGAAAUCGAUUAAACCAGAACUUCUAAAUGCACAGCAGGCUUUAAUGUUCUUUAUCUUGGCUCUUGAUUGUUAAUAUACUAUUCCUGUGCCAUGAACAUGGAGGGUUUCUGAGUCCGUGAGUGUAUUCAACAUUUAUCUACAUCUGACUGUUUUAAUUUAAGCAUAUUGGUCCAUAGUUUAGGGUCAACAUAACAAGAAUGCAUAAUUCCGUAAAAUAAUAAUAUAAAAAAGGAAAAAAGACUGAUUAUAUCCCAUUUCCUCGAUUCUCUUAUUUGAAUGCUUGUCAAAAAUAAUUGAUAGCUUUUGGAAGAAAAAAUGUGUGAUGAUUGCAUUAACUUUGUGGGAAAUGUUGUAUAAGUGGGAAGUAUUGCAAUGGAGUGGAAAUUGCUGAGAAAAUGUUGUCAUUGUAUGAUCUAUAUUCUAUGCCAACUUUUGUAUGAGAUACACCCUGAUGAUUCAUUGAGGUUUUGGAAAUGCAAAUGAACUCAAAGUGGUGGAAGUUUUGGGUGAUGAAGUGAAAUGAAAAGAGGUGUUGAUGCUUAAAUGGAUUAAGUUGUCAUUUAGGGGCAAGUUUUGACGAUUAAGUAUUGAGAGAAUUAAGAUUUAACAUUCUUUUAUUUUUAGUUUAUUUUUUGUGCUUUGCUUUGACGAUGCGUUCAAGGGCUCUUUGGUUGUGCUCUAAUGCUAAGAAAUGGAUGUGUGAGGCUGUAUUUUGUAGUUAAAGGGUUUUAAUUUUUGCUGAUAGAAACUGUGAAUGGGUGCUGGAACUAACUAAUGAUUUUGGCGAUGUUUUGUUUUUUCCUGUUGGGUUGUGGUGGUGGGAUGACCCACCACAAAUCAUAUGCCCUUUGAAGUUGGGAUUCCAAUUUGCUUUACCUCUGGAGAAGGCAACCACCAGCAACAUCCGAUCAGUGGACAUGGAGAAGAUUAAGGAUGGCCUCUAAUGUAAUUCUUUUGCUUUUUGAAAGAAUUUUAUUCUUGAAAAUUCAGGUUGCCAUGGUUUUGGGAAAAUGUGUAUGCAGUUGGGAGGAAUAUUUGAGAAGCUGAAUACGAGUAUUCUACAAGAUGUAACUUACGCUAGAUUGUAACAAUCAGUAUAACCAAUUUGGUACAUAUAUAAAGGCUUAAUGGAUAGUUUCAUCCUCAA